AUGCUGACGUGGAGGAGGUUUAAAAUCACUGCAAUCCUCAUCGUUACUGCCCUCGUGAUCCUUUCAUAUAUAUUCUUGGGUAUCCCAACAAGCUCGUCAAAAGCACUCCGCACAUUAAGUCUUUUCCAAUUGAGACGCCGAUCACUGGCAGUGGAGACGUUUGUGGUGGACAGUGGUCACACAGAAAAGAAACGUCGAAGACUUCCAAAUUUGGAAAAACUCACUUGGCCAGAACGGGAAUGCUUACUAUUUCCGGUGGGUGCUCCGGUUACCCGUCAAUUGCCCUUCAAAGCCCAAUGCAGUCGUGGACAAAUGCGCACAUUGUGGAAGCUAUUUAACCUAUUUGCCAAUGUCAUGGAGGAACUCAGUUUCAGUGACAGGUGGAUGCUCUACGGUGGCAGUUUGCUUGGAUCUUUUCGGCACCAUGAUAUUAUCCCCUGGGACGAUGACCUUGAUGUUCUUGUCGACAAGGAAGUCAGACCGGCAUUGUGGAAGAAGAUGCGCACCCUCAUGCCAAAUUACACCAUCCAGGAAAGUGGUCAAAGAGACAAGAUUUGCGCAAAGUUAAUUAUGCCCGCAAAUACUCUUCUGGAUGUUGAAGGCAGUCGCAAACUUAGCACCUAUGAUUGGUCGUGGCCUUCUGUUGAUAUUGGCUACUACAUCUCUAACGUCACGCACAUCACUGAAGUUGCACGGUCCUAUGGACGAUCCUACAGCUACCCAAAGUCGGAUGUUUUCCCGCUGCUCUUGAGACCGUUUUACAAAACCUGGGUUCCAACGCCAAGAAACACCUUUGCUUUUACACUGCAAACUUACCCUGGAAGCCUAAAAUGCACUUCUUUAACCUGGUCUCAUGCCUAUGAGACUGGCUUAGCGGGCCGGACAUUACCGUGUGUCGACCUGUCGAAGAGGUAUGCUUUUGUCGAACGCAAUCCUCUCUUCAAUCUUGUCCAAGUAGAUGAUGAAGGGUUGGAACAAUUAGAUUGGGUCCGCGAAAAACUGGUACGCGGUGGCAAGGUUAUACACGAAAUCAGCUUGGUUUCACCACGAGGAGAAGCGUACAUAGACACCUACAUGCUACAUAAGAAGUUGAAUCCAUGA